AUGGGGACCUUGUUCCACCAUUUCGGAGCCAGGACAGCAAACAGUCGUGAUUUUGUUGAGUGGCUAGGUGUCCCUCGCACUGACGGAGCAGCAUGGUUCCUUUGUGGCCUGGGUGGGGUCUUCCACAGAGUUGUCGAUGGUGAUGUGAAGCCCCUCCCUCUUUCCCCACUGGAAGUCCAGUCAUCGACGGCGGUGGGCGGAGUGGGCGAGCGGCAGGCCCUGGAGCUGCGGGUGCGGGCGGUAGAGGAGGAGAACCGGGCUCUGCGCCGGGAGCUCAGCCAGCCGCCGAGGAGCCCGCCAGCGCGCCUCCCAAACGGCAGUCACCGUGGCAACCAGAGCCGAGCCCACUCGGAGGAGGGCACCGGCGACAACGAGGGCCAGAAAGCAGCAGCGGCGGCGGGAAACAGUUCCGACUGCGUGCAGCAGCCGGUUGUGGAUAAGUGCGAGACCAUCCACGUGGCCAUCGUAUGCGCAGGUUACAAUGCGAGUCGAGACGUGGUGACACUGGUCAAAUCCGUCCUUUUCCACAGGCGGAACCCUCUACAUUUCCAUUUCAUCACAGACUCCAUUGCUCAGCAGAUCCUGUCCUCUCUGUUCCACACCUGGAUGGUUCCCGCCGUCAGGGUUGAUUUCUACGACGCAGAUGAGCUGAAGAGUGAGGUGUCAUGGAUCCCGAACAAACACUACUCUGGGAUCUACGGUCUGAUGAAGCUUGUGCUCACCAAGACGCUGCCGUCCGACCUGCAGAGGGUCAUCGUUCUGGACACAGACAUUACCUUUGCCACCGAUAUCGCUGAACUCUGGGCUGUGUUUCACAAGUUCAAAGGUCAGCAGGUUCUGGGUCUGGUGGAGAACCAGAGUGACUGGUACCUUGGGAACCUGUGGAAGAACCAUCGGCCCUGGCCGUCUCUGGGCAGAGGCUUCAACACCGGGGUGAUUUUGCUUCUCCUGGAUCGGCUACGGAAGCUCAGAUGGGAGCAGAUGUGGAGGCUGACUGCAGAGAGAGAACUAAUGAGCAUGCUAUCCACCUCGCUGGCAGACCAGGACAUCUUCAACGCUGUGAUCAAACAGAACCCGUUCCUGGUUCACCAGCUGCCGUGCUUCUGGAACGUGCAGCUGUCCGAUCACACGCGCUCAGAGAAGUGCUACAAGGAUGUUUCAGACCUGAAGGUGAUCCACUGGAACUCCCCCAAGAAGCUGCGGGUAAAGAACAAGCACGUUGAGUUUUUCCGGAACCUCUAUCUGACCUUUCUGGAGUACGAUGGCAACCUGCUACGGCGAGAGCUGUUUGGCUGUCCCAGCGAGGCCGACCACAACAGUGAGAACCUCCAGAAGACUCUGUCCGAGCUGGACGAAGACGAUCCUUGCUACGAGUUUCGCCGAGAGCGAUUCACCGUCCACCGAACCCACCUGUACUUCCUCCACUAUGAGUACGAACCCAGCUCGGACAAUACUGACGUCACUCUUGUCGCUCAGCUCUCCAUGGACAGGCUCCAGAUGUUGGAGGCCAUCUGUAAGCACUGGGAAGGCCCCAUCAGCCUGGCCCUGUACCUGUCCGAUGCCGAGGCCCAGCAGUUCCUUCGUUAUGCUCAGGGCUCCGAAGUGCUGAUGAGCCGAGGGAACGUAGGUUACCACAUCGUCUACAAAGAGGGACAGUUCUACCCAGUCAACCUCCUGCGGAACGUGGCCAUGCGGCAGGUCAACACACCCUACAUGUUCCUUUCUGACAUCGACUUCCUACCCAUGUAUGGCCUCUACGAAUAUCUCAGGAAGUCAGUGGUGCAGCUGGACAUGGCCAACAACAAGAAAGCUCUGGUGGUUCCAGCCUUUGAGACGCUGCGAUAUCGCCUGUCCUACCCCAAAUCUAAGGCUGAGCUGCUCUCUCAGCUCGACAUGGGUACACUCUUCACCUUCAGGUAUCAUGUGUGGACCAAAGGCCACGCACCGACUAACUUUGCCAAAUGGCGGACUGCCACCACGCCCUACAGGGUGCAGUGGGAGGCGGACUUCGAGCCCUACGUAAUGGUGAGGCGGGACAGUCCCGAGUACGACCGCCGCUUUGUGGGCUUCGGCUGGAACAAGGUGGCUCACAUCAUGGAAUUGGAUGCGCAGGAGUACGAGUUUGUGGUUCUGCCCAAUGCUUACAUGAUCCACAUGCCUCAUGCUCCCAGCUUCGACAUCACCAAGUUCCGCUCCAACAAGCAGUACCGGGUCUGUCUCAAGACCCUGAAGGAGGAGUUCCAGCAGAACAUGUCGCGGCGCUACGGCUUCGCCGCCCUUAAGUACAUGACGGCCGAGAACAACAGCUAGCCACCGCUGCUGACCCUCGCACCCCCGGUGGACUGCUGAACACACUCCAGAGCCUGGGGGUGUCGUGGCGGGAAUGGGGUGUUGGGAGGGGGGCGGGGGGUUAUGAUGGCUUGAGGGACUACAAGAAACUGACCCUCAGUGUGGGACUGCAAGGGUCGGAGCAGCUGAACGUGGGCCCCGGCUGUAGGGGCCCUGGGCUCCAGAUGGGGAACUGUGUCGGAUGACAGGCAAAGGACAGAAGACAUUUAAUGCCUUGCCAUAUUUGUAAGAGCAGUGACAAAGUUGUGAGCUAUGUGUAACAUUAUGUACGUGUGUGUGUGUGUGUGUGUGUGUGUGUGUGUGUGUGUGUGUGAGAGAGUGUGUGAGUGUGUGUGUGUGUGUGUGUGUGUAUACAUGCAGGUAGAUGAAAGGUGUUACUGUGUGUGUGUGUCCCUUCAGGGUGGUGCUUGGCAAAAAGCUUAACGGAGAGCUGAAGAUGUGAAGCGUCGGAAGCUUAACAUUCUGUUUGCACGCUGCAAAGAGGAAUGCCUUCCAAGUGCCAUGAAGUAACAAAAAGCUGCUGCGGCCUGAGUGACGGCGCACCCCGACUCAAAUGCAAAUCGCCGGCGAGCGGCCGAGAUAAGACAAAGCAGUAAACACGUCCACACAGAUUUGGAAAAUCUCCUCCUGACGAAUGACACGUGCUCCGAUAUCGAGUCGAGCAGCCAGUCCGCCAGUCCGCCGACCAUCUGCUGCCGUCUAAUUUGUUCCAUAGCUGAUACCGAUCAGAAUAAAUCCUCCUCCUUGUAUAACAAGGGGAGUUAAGUGCAAGGAUGGCAGGAGAUCGUCCACGCGGUUGAUAUUCAGGGUGUCUCCACGUCAGCCUGACUGUGCUGCUCGCGAGUGUUUCCAGUGUUUUGUUACAAUUAACAGAAUCUGACAGCAGUUGGUGCAGAGGGCUUUUUUUCCCCACUGUAUUUUAAAUUGAUGCCAGGGCGAUCUGCACACGGAACGCUGUCGGUUCGUGAAGCUACCCCCCCGCCACACUGAGCACUAAGCAGUGGAGCACCAGUCACUGAGCGCACAGUUUACUUUUUCUUUCCAAGAAUCUGAAUCGUUUAUCAGUGUGUUCACCGUCCUCCUGGGUUGAGCAGGGAGGGGUAGGGUCUCUACUCACUGUCUGGAGGAAAUGAUGCGGGGGGGGGGGGGGGGUCAUGAGGAGAAGAAACUGAACAGGAGAUCCACUAUCACUGUCUCUCUUUCUCACUCUGUCUAUUUCUUUCUCACUCUGGCCUCUAGUUUGACGACGUCACAGAGAAUAAAAUUACAGUGGAUCAAGAAUAAGUAACACUGGGGGAAUGUCACAGGUUUUUACAAUCUUAUUUUCAAUGUGACAGUAUGAAAAAAUUAAAUUGCACUUAGUAGAGCACAUGAUUUUUAACCACAGCCCAACAAUCCAUCAAUCCCAAUCAAUUAAAACAAUCCUUAAAGCUAAUUCCAAAUUACGUUCCUCAGCUACACCUUAUAGCCCUCUUCUUUAAAUCCACUAGAUCCAGGUUUUUUUAUUGGAUCCAUAAGAAAAUUCACAAACUGAAUGUCUGAACGUUUGUCACACAUAAUUCUCUACGACAUCAAAGUCUUGAAUGUAAAAAAAAAAAAAAACAUACCUUUCCACUACACUGUCCAGUAGUUUUUGGGUAUUCCUGCUCACUAACAUUCACAUGAAAUGAAAUUAAAACGUCCUUGGUUGAGAUAAGAACCUCUGUCAAGUUUAUUAUAGAACGAAAAAACGAUGCAGGGUUUUAAAUGAUCCAGUAAAAAUCCAAAUAGGAUUAGAAUCUGUCCUGGUGUUCCCAGUAGAAGCCAGGGUCCAGCCCCACUGCCUCUCCCACACAGAACAUUUAGAGGUUACACUGAGCGCUUAUUGCCCCGGCUGCUCGGUAGAUUUAACUUCCGCACAUCAGCGGUGACACUGAGGCGAGUAGAAGGAAGCGGAGUUUUAUAUAUUAAUACGUUUUCUCCAAAAGCAAUCGAAUCCGCUUCCCACUCUAAUCUUUAAAAAAUAUAAUAUAAUCAUUACAAAUAUAAUGCAAUCCGAAAAAUACAUUAUCCAUCCUGAACCCUUCACCGGUGUAUCGCACAGCAACCAUUCAAGCUCGCAUUCACACCUACAGUUAAUUUGGAAUCUCCAAUCAACCUUACCCCAAUCUGCAUCAGAGGACUGUGGGAGGAAGAUGGAGCACCCAGAGAGAGGGCCGCCCACUUGAACAUUCUGAGAAAGGAAAUGGAUUUCCACAGAUUUCUGUAUCAGAUACAGUACCUAAAGUGUGUGUGUGUGCACGUGUGUGUGCAUGUGUUGGGGCUGAUCAUGUCGAUAAAAGUUUGUUGAGCUGUGAUGAGUUUCAUGAGAACAGUAGCUGAGAUAAUUUGUAGAGGGACAAACAAGCCACACUCAUCAUUAUUUUUAAUUAGGCCUGACCUUUGAGUCUGCUCACCACACAUCACACGUCGCCACUGGUUUCUGCUAUGGGGUUUAACUAGAGCCCCCCCCCCACACACACACACACACUCUCGCUGUCUCUUACUCCCCGUCUGUCUCUCUCUCGACAGCACUCUCUCACUCUGUACAGGAGAGCUGCAGAAGGGCUCGGUGCAGUCAUGCAGGUGUGUGUGUGUGUGUGUGUGCGUGUGUGUGAGUAGGUGAAUGCGCUGUUUUUCUGAUUGUACAUGUCUGUUCAAUUUGCUAGUGUGUGUGUGUGUGUGUGUGUGUGUGUGUGUGUUUGAGUGUGGAGCUGGGAGGAGCUGCGGUGUGUAAGUAGGACAGUGCUGACUGAUGCUGCUACCUGAAUAAAAGCAAAGUCAAACACUCUUCUGUCA